CCUCCUUCUCCUUGUGACGUACGUAUAUCCGUUCGCAAACGCACUUCCUUUCAGACCAUCGCCGUACGGGAGAGAGGAGAAAAUGCUGGCCACCAGAGCUCUGCGCCUCGUUGGCAAGCGUGCCAUUUCAACAUCUGUGUGUGUACGUGGAGGACAUGGUGUUGCAAAGGUAGAGGACUACACUCUCCCUGCCUACUUUGAUAAGCGGGAAGAACCCCUUCCUGAUAUCUGCUAUGUGCAGACCCUGAGUCCAGAGCAGAAGUCCCUGAAGGAGAAGGAGAUGGGCUCCUGGGCUUCCCUCUCCAAUGAUGAGAAGAUUGCAUUGUACCGCAUCAGCUUCAAAGAGAGCUUUGCUGAGAUGAACCACCCAACAUCGGAGUGGAAGUCUGUGCUUGCAGGGAUGUUCUUUUUCAUCGGCUUCACUGGCUUUGUUGUGCUCUGGCAGAGGAAGUAUGUAUACGGAGACGUCCCACACACAUUUGAUCCUGAGUACAAAGCAAAGGAGCUCCAGAGGAUGCUGGACAUGAGAAUCAACCCCGUGGAGGGCUUCUCCGCCAAGUGGGACUACGAGAACAAGCAGUGGAAAAAGUAAAGGACCCAGAGGACCAUAAAGCAUACUUGAACAUAACAGCAGACCAACUCAAAGAUACACAAAUACCUAUAUUUCUGUAUUUAUCCAUUGUCCAUAUUACCUCAGUCUGUGCAUUCUGGAAGACCACUUCCUCUUAAGGUCACUGUGUAUUAUAGAAAUGAAAAUAAAAAUAGUUAAACUGAUAAAA